UACCGAUAUGUGAAGAUUGAGGCAAUCCGGUUUUGCCGCAAGAUUUCCGUGCCCUUGGCGAUGCUGAAUGGUCCAAUGCAAUGUCUCGUCAGAUCGCUACCUACCUAGGUACUAUGAAUUUUCGGAAUUUAGUAGUACCUAGGUAAAUCUUGCCAGAAUUACCUCCUUUACGAUUGGGUAUCGUGAUCGCGCCGGGUCGUCCGUCUACAACAACUUCAUCAAUCGAACUACCGCAUCACGCACUCAACUACAUGGGCCAUUGGGGAUCUCCCGCGAGCUUAUACGCCGUGUACCAUCGCCUAGGGGCAUUCUUCUGGCUUACUAGGUAGCAUGGUUCUCCGGCCCGCCAUCCUUCCACGGCCGCGGUCCAUAUGUCACAUCUGUGAUGCCGUUAGUGGUCGUCGCGUAUACUCGACAAGGCCUGUGCGAAAUCCUCGCAACGUCGCUCGGCCUCAGAUACGAACCCGCGCAGGGCGAAGCCAGAGCGUCCUAGCUGGAAGCUUGAUCUCGAGACGCCUGCUCGCCUCCACGGCGCCGUCGACUGGGAAGACGCCGCCUGACCUGGGCGACGCUCAACCUACCAACGAGCAACAUGAUGAUGAGUCCCAGCCGACAUCGGAAUCGGCCGGCCAGCGGCUCUCGUCCGCAGCCGACAUUAUAGCCUAUCUUGACAGUAGAGUUCGAGUACUCGUGCAUAAACGGGCGCCAUCCGAAGCGGAAGUGAGUACGGCUCUGCAAGCAUGCCGCGUCGUGGCCGACGUCAUUUCCGGCGACCCUGAACAUCCCCAAAUCUCGCACAUCGUCGACCACUUCGACUCAACCUCUUCGGAUCUCCUCUCUCUAGACGGCACUACCGGUUCACGCGGCUCGGGGUCCUCAACGACAGCCGCUACAAGCGCUACCGCCCUGGUCAAGCGGACGUUUAACAAGAUAUCGGAUAUUGCGUAUUCGAUCGUGGCCCGACCGAGUGUCUUCAUCACUCCGGGAUUGCUGCAGCAAUAUGUCGAUGUCCAGGCUCACCUGGGCAAGCCCGAGAGUCUCCCUCGCGUCUUCGAGAUGUACGCGUCGAAACCGGUGCCCCGCGAUUCCCCCUCGGGGCCCGCCAGCUUCGUGAAACAGAAUCCGGGCAGGAUGGCAAACGCCAUAGAUCCGAUCGUCAUCGAAGCUGCUCUGGACGCGGCGCUCGAGGCCAGGAACCUGGACGCAGCCGUGGGAAUUGUUGAACAUGGCUACGCGACGAAAGCAUUCAUCCGAAAGAAGCUCCUGCGUCAGUGCGCGCUGCCCCUGGGCACAUUUGCCGCCACGCCAGCGGCGGUGUAUAUCCUCGCCAUGAAUCUAUCCGGCCUCCAAAAUACUAUGGAUAGCGCCACGGCGACAAACGUAGCAUUUGCCGGAAUCCUCGCCUACGUCGGAAUCACGGCAUCGAUCGGUCUCAUCGCCGUAACGACGGCAAACGAUCAGAUGCGGCGGGUGACUUGGGCCCCCGGGAUCCCACUACGGUCACGGUGGAUACGGGAAGAUGAGAGAGCGGCCUUGGAUAAGAUCGCGUGUGCCUGGGGCUUCCGUGAGACAUGGCGCCAAGGUGAGGAAGAUGGGCCGGACUGGGAUGCGUUACGCGAGUACAUCGGCCAAAGGGGCAUGAUCCUAGACCGAGUAGAAUUGAUGGAGGGCAUGCAGUAGGUGCCGGAACUCAACCCUUCCCUCCUCCCACUCCGAUAUCCGGCCUUUCGGAACCCUUGGAGCGCUGCCAUCUCUGCCGAUGUUUGUAAGAUGAAUCGGGCAAUUCUGUAACUCUGGUACUGUCGGCCAAAGCUGGGCUGGGAUGCGUGGAGCAUCUAAGACGAGUAUGGGUUCGCUUUUCGUGGGUAUUUACCCUGGGGCUCCGAUUCGUCGCCCUCUACUGCCGCCUUACGGAGACCGCAAGUGGUGCGAAGUGGGAGGGGGCGCUCAUAGCUCUAUAGAGCUUCGACUCUGAAUAGUGGAAAGUUGGGCGUACUUUGAUAAGCCUCUAUUCUUCCGAGUUUCCACGUCCGGCCUCCUCUUUCCGUUCUGAUUUCGGUCCUGGCUCUAGAAUAUACGAGGCCCCGCACCACUCUAGAUCGUGUUGCUAGGGUCGGCUGUUGUCAAGCCGAAGCUCUCACUGGCCGGCCGUAUGGGGUUGCUCGGGCCAAUAGAGGCGCUGCG